AUGAAGUCUGCUGCAUCGUUGGUAUCGUUCGUGGCUCUGGCCACCGCUGUCUCUGCCGACCGCACCUUCACCGUCAACAACAAGUGCUCCUACACUGUCUGGCCCGGUCUCUUCACUGACUUGAGCCGUGGUACCGCUGUUCCUGCGCAAGCCACCGGCUGGGAGAUGGCGGCGGGCGCGACGACUUCCUUCUCAGUACCCGAUAACUGGGCCGCGGGCAGGAUCUGGCCUCGUACCGAAUGCGACUUCUCGACCAAUCCUGGUCCGACGAGCUGCGCUACUGGUGGUUGCAAUGGUGGCCUCGAGUGUGACACGGCUUCAGGAACGGGCGUGCCCCCUGCGACCGUCGCGGAAUUCACUCUCGUACCAGAUGGCGCUGACAACUACGACGUCUCCCUCGUUGAUGGCUUCAACAUUCCGGUCGAGGUCACGGUGACCGCCGGCUGCCCUACUGCCAGCUGCACUGUCGACUUGGACCCCAACUGCCCAGCGAACCUUCAGCUCAAGGACGCCUCUGGCACCAUCGUCGGGUGCAAGAGUGACUGCCUCGCAACUGGCGACCCUGCCGCAUGCUGCGCGGGCACUUACGCAUCCGGCCCAGACACGUGCCCCACAAGCGGCGUUCCAGACUACGAUUACUUCAAGUCUGCAUGCCCCGACUCAUACGUCUACGCGUACGACGAGCCGUCCGGCACCGCUCUCUGGACCUGCCCUGGCUCCAGUGCGGCCGACUACACCAUCACUUUCUGUCCUUGA